AUGAUGAACCUCGAAUACGGAAACGGGCCCGAGGUCGUACGCCUGAUGAACGCGACCACCAACGGCACAUCCACGACGGUUGGAAUAUCAGGUGACCCCUCCGACAAGUCGAAUUUGGUGACGGUAAUAUGGGCAGUGAACCUCACGGCGUUCAUCUUGGUGGGCCUUGUCGUUCCCAUCCGUGUCAUUGUUCGCUGUACGGUGACACGUAACUUCUUCAGCGACGAUGUGCUGGUCAUCAUCGCGGCACUAUUUACAUUCGGGAUAUGUUCAAUGCUUCCCAUUGCCACGGAUGUGGGCUUGGGUCAGCACUACUGGAAUCUUGAUCUCGAGCUUCUUCCCGAUGAUACGCGGAACUUGAUGAUGCUCGUUUUCAUCGCCAACAUACUGUACCCUUGCGCCAUUGCCUUCGCACGACUAUCCGCCAUUUGCUCCUUUCUUCGAUAUAUCACUUCCAAGACGAUGCGAUACGUUAUGUACGGCCUCGCCGUACUCACCGGGGGUUUCGCAAUUGCCUCCGUUUUCACUGUGAUCUUCCAAUGCAAUCCGGUUGCAGCCGCAUGGGAUAACUCGAUCGGCGGAGCGAGAUGCAUUCCCUUUUUCGACUAUCUGCAUGCGAGCACGGCCAUCGGCAUUGCCAUCGACGUGUUGCUUUGCACACUUCCUGUUCCUCACUUCUGGAAACUCAAGAGAUUUUCGACGACGACCAAGGCUUUGUUGACCAUUCUGUUCGUUUUUGCUGGGCUUGCUUGUGCUGUGGCAAUCGUGAAACUUGUCUAUCUACCUCUUGUCACCCAAGUUGACGUGACGUAUAACUGGGUUUCUUGGAUACUGUGCUCCAUUGCCGAAUGCACCAUCGCAAUCGUCUGCAUCUCAAUACCGCCCAUCGUCCCUUUGUUCACCAAAUGCUCCCGGCGGAGAUCAAUUGUGACCGAAAAGCCUCGCCACAAACGAGGCAAGUCAUCUCGGUUUACUGUUUGGGCCGGCAAACCUACUUGCAACCGAGCAGUGGCUCCUCGGGUCAUCAGGCCGAUGGCAACGCCGUGGAAAGACCAGCCUGUCGAGACCACGACGGUGUCUGAGUUCCACUGGCUCAAGCUGGAGCAGCUGGAACGCGGAAUCCAUGACCGCGAGCGCGUACCACUCGGCCCGCCAGUUCCCUUACCUUUCAGCCUGCCGUUGCGAUUCCCAACGGCUCCCAGCAAGUAUCACCGUCCUGCUGCUGCGCAACUCGAAACGACCCUCUGCGCCGCAUACCCAAAAGAGUCGAGAAGCCUGGAGGUCCGAAACAUUGCCAUCGCUCUCUCAGUCAUCACUUUUCCAGCGGUUGCGUUGCGAUGCUUCUCGAGAUGGAUGAUCACGCAUCGAUUGUGGUGGGACGACUGGACGGCAAUAUUCGCAACGAUCCUUCUUGCCGCGCUGGCUGGCGUCGAGAUAGCAAGCGCUGAUUUGGGCUUCGGGAUGCAUUACUGGAACGUCGAACCCUCCGCCGGCGAAAAGCUCAUCAAACUCUUCUACGUCGCUCAACAGAUCUACAUCCUCAUCCAGGUGUUCGCCAAGAUUUCGAUCCUGCUGUUCUUCUCCCGCAUUUUCCCGGCGAAAUGGUUCCAGCUCACGGUUCGAUACUUCAUCAUCUUUUUGUUCUCGCACGGUUUCAUAUUCCUGCUCCUCAUAAUCUUCCAGUGCACGCCUAUUUCGUCGAUCUGGGAUAGAAGCAACUCGGUUCGGAAAUGCAUGGAUGUGACCGCCAUCGGGUAUGCGGGGGCGGUCUUCAGCAUCGUGGAGGAUCUCGUCAUCUUGAUUUUGCCGAUACCCGAGUUGUACAAGCUGCAGCUCAACAUCCGGAAGAAGAUUGCUUUGGGUCUGAUGUUCAGUUUGGGUUCUUUUGCAUGCAUAACAACGAUGGUCCGACUCAAAUAUCUCGUCACGUUUUCCAGCACGUUCGAUACCACCUGGGACAAUGUCGAUAUCGUAAUUUGGUCAAUCAUCGAGGAGUUCUGCGCCAUCCUUUGCGCGAGCCUGCCGGCUCUCCGACCACUUCUGCAGAAGGUGCCGCGAAUCUUCAGCACCAGAAGGGCCACCACGAAAACCCUGUCAACAUCGCCAUCGAGAAGGUCGAUACUCAAUCACCAUGGGAAAGACAAGUUUCAAGAAGUGCCCGAUACCCCAUACGAGCCUGAAACGCCACCAACGCCGAUCGACAUUGCGGACGAACUUGCCGCCAAGGCGGACGGGAAGCGCCAAGUUUUGAUCACGAGAGACAAUGAGAUCGACGUACGGGCCGAUGUGGAACUACAAAACGUACGAGGGAAGAAAAAGCUGCAGAAGGAUCUGAACGGUAGGGUAUGA